AUGAAUGAGUUCACGGACCCUAAUGCUCCUGGUCGACCGUUUUCAAGUGUUUCCUCCGAAGCAGAUGGAGCUCCUGAUUCUUCUCGUUUUUACAGUGGCAUGCAACGUGAAGCGCUACCGUUGUGCAACGGAUCAAAAAAGUUCGACACCUCAGGAAAUGGUGUUGGUUAUGAGUGGUCCGCCACUGAGGAGUCUUCAAUUGCAGACUUCAAACAGGUGCCUAGACGAUCUAGAGAAAUACCAUUCGAUGAUUCCAAGUCCAUUUGGAAUAGUUCUUAUGGACCCUUGAACGUAACGAACGCUCAAUCAUCCCGUAUUUGGGGUUUUGGCAAUCCCACAUUUCCCGAAACUGUUGCCAUAAAGGAUUCUCAACGCGACACUCCUCUUACUCGCGUUUCACAAACACCUUAUAAUUGUUUAUCGAAUGUUGGAUUUGGUUAUGGUGGUGGUCUACCAAUGUCUCCCGUCAACAAGGAUAUGACUGAAAUAGGUCAGCAGAUGAUAGAUCACGUCUUAGGUAAUUCCCCUAACAAUGCCUGUGAUCAACUUCUAUCCGCGCACGCUCAAGUAGCUUCUGUUGAUAACAUGGUCUCUCAGUUUCUUUCGUCACAAAGUCGGCCGGAUCUCCACACCGUGCCAACAGAUCAGGCAGCAUCUUCCCCGUACCACGCAACUGCAGAACAGCCGUUAAACUCACUUCCUGUGCCCCUCUUAGAGAACGGGGGAGGGAUUGGGAUGAAGGAAGCUCACUUACCUCAGGCAUCGGUGCCUCCUAUCGAUUCCAGCAGCGUCGCAUCCAUUCUCAACAAUUCUGCAGCAGUAUCCAACUUAUCUCGGUACCUAGCCACUCAAGCCGAGACCUUUCAAAAUCAGCAGAGUGGUUGUCCUCCCCAAAACAGUGCUAUGCCACGGGAUAUUGCGUUUUUAACUGCUCAAAUCGGUGCAAUGCGGAUGGAUCCACAUCAUCAAACUACCGUCCCAUCAUUUUUACCUCCCAUUACAACGAGUUCUUUCACCAACGGUUUUACUCACAGUGUUGCUGGUGAUUUAACUGGACCAAUGUCUACUGCCAACUUCACAUCUGGUGCUUUCAAUGGUCCUCCAGCAGCCCAACUCAGUAGCGCUUCUUGUCUCUUGCCACCAGACCAAAUGGCAGCUGGAUUCUACCCUCCAACACAAAGUGGCACCUCUUCUGUCGCCUACUUCUCCGGUGCUCCCUUUGACAUUCGUGGGCCAACGCCAACACAACCACCGCUGUCGUUGCUUGGUCCCGAAAGUGUCCGUACACCUGGUGUUCAGUCCAACGAUAUCCCAGUUGGUGUGCCGACUGCACUGGCAACCCAGCAGGCGGCUUACUACGCACAUUUACUCGCUGCAGCAAUGAAUGGUGGUGUCCCAUCAGCCGCACCGCGAAUGACCAUAACGGUACCUCCAUCUAAUCUCUCCCAUAACGGUGGUGCCGUCAGUGGAGGACCUGUAACCACUCCUUGUGCAUAUGAACCACAUCUGCAGAAUCAGAGCAGCUUAACGUCUCAGGGACAGUAUAAUGUUGAAAAAUUCGAGGCUUACAGUGAUUUUCCCGAUGGUGGGGGUAACGGUCUGACAACAACUAUUCUUCCCCCUGGCUCAACUAUGUUGCAACAGUUGCCUCCGAUAGCAUUCAACCAACAGCGUCCUCAUCCUAGUUUCGUCCCUUCUCGACUUUCUGCACUUCCAAUGAAUCAACAGCAGCAACCACACGCACAACGAUCUCCAUUGUCCGACCCUCGUCUACCUCUCACUCCAACUGUGGGCGCAAACUUCUGUUUUGAGACUCCCAUCACUCCAGCAUCACAUUAUGCCACGACUCCAUCUCCUUUUGCUCCCAUGUUACCGCCUCCCUUUCCUAACGCAAACGUCGCUCCGCCCGAUUGUCUGCCGGUUCACCCAUCCACCCCUGAUUUAAGCGUUCCUCCCCAGGGUUUCCCAUCCAGCUUUCCUCCCAUGGGCUUUCCUCGUCGCUUCAUCACACCGCCGCCAUCAUCGUCAUCAUCACAACGUAGACCUCAGUUAAGUCGACCACCUCCGGUGGAGAACCCCAGCUUCAUUGCAGUGCCUUCCCGAGGUAUAAGAGGUCUUCAACCUGGCAAUCAGCAGAGACUUCUGCUCUUCAAAAACCAGGCUGUGAAUCUUUUUGGUCCUAACAAUGUCGCUGGUAGUGCCGGCGCCGGUAGUCGUAUGCCCUUUAUGUCACAGUCUGUCCCCACUCCUGCCAUGUUUUCUACGAUGGCGUCAUCGGUUCCAGGGGUUUUCCCAGCUGUUUCGGCUUCGGCAAUGCCAGAACGGAGUCGCCUACUGGAGGAUUAUAGGUAUACUCGAAUGCCCUUUUUGACACUUCACGAUUUGGUGGGCCACAUCGUGGAGUUUGCACAGGAUCAGUACGGCUCUCGACUCAUUCAGCAAAGAUUGGAACAGGCCAGUGCUGUGGACAAGAUUGCUGUCUUUCGCGAGGUCAUUCCUCACUGUCAUGUCCUCAUGACAGACGUCUUUGGCAAUUACGUCAUUCAGAAGUUCUUCGAGCUCGGCACUCCUGAGCAAAAGAGAACGUUGGUGCAGCAAAUAAAGGGACAAGUACUGUCACUUUCUCUCCAAAUGUAUGGGUGUCGAGUAAUUCAAAAGGCCAUUGAGUCUGUCAAUCUAGAGACGCAAAUUAACCUAAUGAAGGAACUUGAAGGAUCUGUGCUGAGGUGUGUGAAGGACCAGAAUGGCAAUCACGUUGUUCAAAAGUGCAUCGAAUAUGUUCCUUCUGAACAUCUGCAAUUCAUCGUUGAUGCUUUCAAAGGAAAUGUGCAUUCGGUUUCAACACACUCUUACGGUUGUCGUGUGAUUCAGCGCAUUUUGGAGCACUGCAGUGCCGAACAAACGGCUCCUAUUUUGGAAGAGUUGCAUCAGUGUGCAGAGUCACUCUUCGAGGAUCAGUAUGGGAAUUAUGUUAUUCAGCACAUAUUCGAGCACGGCCGAACGGAGGAGAAGAGUCGGAUGAUUACUCGCCUUCGAGGACGAGUAGCUGCCCUUUCCGUGCACAAAUUCGCCAGCAACGUUAUUGAGAAGGCUGUCACCAACGCUAGUCGUAAGGAGCGACAGGCCUUAAUUAACGAGGUGCUGCAGAAUGUUGAUCCAAAUCAGACUCAAAUCACCCCGGUGGAGUGUUUGGAUGAGAGAGAAGGCACCUCAAUCUUGUGGAACAUGAUGAAAGAUCAAUUUGCCAAUUAUGUGAUACAAAAAAUGCUUGACGUGGCGGAGCCACCCAUUCGCAAGGAAUUGAUGGCGCACAUCCGACCCUAUAUCAAUAGCCUCCGUAAGUACACUUAUGGGAAACACAUCAUCGGCAAGAUGGAGAAAUACUACUUGAAGACUGUCAGUAGCAGCCACAUUCCUUAUUUUCCACCGGAGGAGUUGGACAAUGCAAGUCUACACUCCUCGUCUUCCUUAACUGGAUCAUCAAACUUACCGACUGGGGGGUCGAUUGUGACGGCUGAUGAAAACUCACACACUUCACCUCCUCGAAGCGAGUUUUUGCGUCAUGCGACUGCAUCGGGAAAUCAUUGUGCUUCAAGUGAGGAUGGAAAUCAAUUGGUAGAUACCGAGGCGGCACUCGCUAGUCAUUGGGAAUACAGCCCUACAUGGGGCUUUGAGUUCAUCGUGGACCUGGGACAUUUGCAAAGUGGUGGCUGCAGUGCAUGGACCCUUAAUGUGGCUCUCAAGGUUGUCAAGACGCUACAGUCGUUUAAGGAUGACGAUGAUAUCAUCAUGGAGGUUAGUUGGAUUAGGGAGUUGUUAAUUUCAGUGGCACCUCCAUCAUCGAGACGAGUAGGUCUGCGCAAAAUGUCCGGCAAUGUGGGUAUGGAACGGCUCAUACCCCUGGUAAACAAACUCCAAGAUGCGUUUUCCUCUCUUGGGGUGCCUCUUAAUUUGGAUUUACCGCAAAUUGCUGUCGUCGGUAGCCAGAGUGCUGGAAAAAGUAGUGUUUUGGAGAAUUUUGUGGGAAGGUAUGAAUACUUACCAACUCAUUUGCUGCACAGGGACUUUUUGCCCCGAGGAAGUGGCAUUGUUACAAGAAGACCUUUGGUCCUUCAGCUCAUUACAUCUGACACAGAAUAUGCUGAAUUUCUGCAUUUAACUGGUGUGAAGCUAACCGAUUUUGAUGAUGUCAGGAAAGAAAUUGAAGCUGAAACGGAUAGAGAAACCGGGACAAAUAAGGGGAUAUCAAAUAAGCCCAUAAACUUAAAAAUAUUUUCACCUAAUGUUCUUAAUCUUACUCUGAUCGAUCUACCCGGCAUGACAAAAGUCCCUGUGGGUGAUCAGCCUUCGGACAUAUCCACGUUAAUCGAGGAAAUGAUUCUUCAAUACAUAAAUUGCGAUUACUGCCUUAUACUGGCAGUUUCUCCAGCCAAUUCUGACUUGGCAAAUUCGGAUGCCUUAAAGAUUGCCCGAGAGGUUGAUCCACAAGGCCUUCGUACCAUCGGUGUGAUCACAAAGUUAGAUCUAAUGGAUCACGGAACUGACGCGCGAGAUAUUUUGGAAAACAAACUUUUGCCUUUGAGGAGGGGUUAUAUUGGCGUUGUGAACAGGAGCCAGAAGGACAUCGAGGGCAGAAAGGAUAUCACUACAGCUAUAGCUGCGGAGAGAAAAUUUUUCCUCAGUCAUCCAGCCUACCGUCACAUGGCCGAUCGCAUGGGCACGCCCUACUUACAGCGUGUCCUCAAUCAGCAACUGACUAACCACAUUCGCGAAACAUUGCCUGGCCUUCGAAACAAGCUUCAGUCACAAAUGUUGGCAAUGGAAAAGGAUGUUCGGGAAUACAAAGCCUAUCAGCCUGCUGAUCCCUCGUUCAAAACUAAGGCUCUAAUGAUUGCUGUAAAGAGUUUCGAAGUUGAAUUUACGCAAACUAUUGACGGGUCAGGAUCGGAGAUCGACACUAAGACUUUGUCCAGAGGCGCCCGAAUUAACCGCAUAUUCACUGAACGCCUGCCCUACGCCCUAGCGAUGCUUCACAAUGACGGUGAAGAGUUGCGAAGGGAUAUUAGCUUUGCUAUUCGCAAUAUUCAUGGAAUUCGCUCUGGAUUGUUCACUCCCGAUCUGGCCUUCGAGACAAUUGUCCGUAAACAGAUCGAACGCAUGAAGGAUCCCUCGCUGACCUGCGUCGACCUGGUUGUCGAGGAGCUGAUUCAAAUAGUACACGACUGUACAAACAAGAUGGACUGCUUUCCGCAUCUUCGCGAUGCAACCGAGCGUAUCGUGACGGAGCGUAUUAAGGGAAGGCAGGCCGACGCCCGCGAUAAGAUAUGCCUCCUGGUGGACAUCCAACUCGCCUAUAUCAACACCAAUCAUGAAGAUUUCAUCGGCUUCGCAAGCGCGGAACAACAGUCAUCUGAUGUUAACAAAGUGAAACUGGGCAAUCGAGUAAUUCGACGAGGCUGGUUGGGCCUGCAAAAUAUCGCUCUCAUACGUGGCGGCAGUAAGGACUUCUGGUUCGUCCUGAACGCGGAAACUCUCACCUGGUACAAGGACGACGAUGAGAAGGAGAAACGCUACGUCCUGCUCUUAGAUGGUCUGAAAGUCAAGGAUGUUGAAUCGAGUUUCUUUGGUAAGAAGAACGUAUUCGCGCUCUUUUACCCCGAUGGAAGGAAUGUAUACAAAGACUACAAACAGUUGGAGCUGAGUGCAGAGUCUGCUGAAAUGGUCGACUCAUGGAAGGCGUCUUUUAUGCGUGCUGGUGUUCAGCCAAUGAAACCCAUUCAGCAGCAGCAACACCAAGAGCAAUCCGAUGAACAGCUUUCGGAUAAUGGCGACCCUCAGCUACAAAGGCAGGUAGAAGUUAUACACAAUCUUGUGGAUUCAUACCUCAAGAUUGUUCACAAGACUCAGCGUGAUCUGGUUCCAAAGAUGAUCAUGCAUAUAAUUGUUAACGAGAGCUGCAUCGAUAUGCGCAUGGCCUCUGAUUUCCCUGUAGAGCGUCUAAAACGUUCAUUUGAUUUGCAGAUGAAGGAGUUUCUGAAAAGUGAACUGUUACCAAAUCUUUAUCAGGCAGGAGAUAUUCAAGUCCUGAUGUCGGAGUCCUUGGAAAUGCAGACGCGACGUGAGGAGACUCUUCGGAUGUACGAAGCAUUGAAGGAGGCCCUACGAAUAGUUGGCGAGGUGGCUACAAACACCGUAUCCACGCCCGUUCCGCCCCCUGUUAUGGAUGACUGGACGCACAGUACUACGUCCCAUCUGGCAGACUCAGGCUCCUCGUCCUCGAGUCUCUUCCCUACAAGCAUGGGCAGCGGCGGUGGCGGAGCUGGUGGCGGUGUAGGGGUGAUGCAGCCACCGCGAAGUCCCGGAGGCACAAGGCGUCCCCCGCCCCAACCCCCAGGCGCUCCUCACCGUCCCACACCCUCGCCCCAACGUCCUAGUUUUACCGCUCCCUCUACCGGCACUCUACCCUCUCCUCUCAUCCCUCAGUUAAAUGCUCUGCGUCCCUCUGUGGUGGUGCCUUACGGUCUACCGAAUGAUGGGAUCAGCAGUGGUGCUGUUGUGAAUAGCAGUUGCCUUCAAAACGGUUUCUACAACCCCCCUCUCCCGUCUCCAAACCCGCUCCUCCAACAUCCGCUCCCUUCAAUCCAACGGUGUUUCCCGAUUCCUUGUGAUUCCUGCUUUCCUGCUGGUGUCGGCUCUCUGAUCGAGAGUGUAGACAACCAACCCUUCUACACCUUAAUUGAAAAAACGUUUACGAUGGGACAGGUGCGUACAGCAAUCAAAUUGCUUAUCACGACUUGCGUACUCUACACCGCCAUAAUUGGGCUCCCCCAGGAUUGGUGGGUUGCGAUUUAG